UGCAUUUUAAUCAGUAUUAAGUCAACAGUUGGUUGAAUUAGUAUUAACAAAAUUAGGCUGCCUUUUUACAAUUGUUUAUGUCACGGUUGGAAGCUUUUAGCUGAAAUUGAAAAAUAAAGUGUUUUAGCAUUAUUGUAAGCAUACCGAAAAUGUUUUCCUUGAAGUUCCCUGGUUCAGAUUCAUCUCCUGUCACAAUGUCCCGUACCUCAGCAGAUAAACCAGCCCCACUCCCUACUCUUCAAGAAGCUGAGCAGCAACAUGCUCUAUGAGCUUGGCAUAAAGGCAGGCUUUCCUUUGGUGGAUUUCUAUAAUAGGAAAUAUGUUUUUCAAUCUUCAUAAUGUCAAAUUUAUUAAUACUUAAACCUUUAUAAUUAUAGUUAUUCUAUUUAUUGUAUUCACUAUUUUGCCAUUAGAGUGUAUAUGAUGCUCAACGGUGGCCUUCCAAUACUAGUAGAAAUUGCACUACAAGAGAGUUGAGAGCCUAAAAUUGUAAACAACUAAGAUAAUGUAGCUAUUCAUUUGUUUAUAUGAGGUGUGGUAACGGAAAAAUGUGAUGUGCUGAGGAUGUGGGUCCUCAAAUCUCUGGUGGCUUUCCUGGUGUGUGUGUGUGUGUGUGUGUGUGUGUGUGUGUGUGUGUGUGUGUGUGUGUGUGUGUGUGUGUGUGUGUGUGUGUGUGUGUGUGUGUGUGUGUGUGUGUGUGUGUGUGUGUGUGUGUGUGUGUGUGUGUGUGUGUGGGGGGGGGGGGGGGGGGGGGGGUGCAGGACUGAAAAGCAGAAGUGAUAAUUGCAGCUGGGGGUUUAAUGAAUUCCUCCCCACUUCAUGACCAAGUAAUGACUGAACCAGCAUGGAACAAUUCAGUCGAUUUGCUGCUCCCGCAACCUCAAAGCUUCGGCAACUCCAGAAAAUUGUUCAGGACAUCAGUAAUAACGAAGACAGCCUCCUUAACAAAUGGCGACGACACAGAGACAAACACGGCCCCAAAGUUCCAGACAGGGAUUACCCAGUGGAUCAUUUUGAGGACACUGAGAGAUGGUCUGAUGAGAGUGACUAUGAGGAACCCCCUGAUGCUGAUGGCUACGAGGAUCCCCCAACCCACCAGGUCUUCACCCCGUCCUCCUCUGCGUGUUUCUCCAGAGACAACUAUGUCGACAGCUGCCGGAGAAUGUCCAGCCGGCUCUCCAGGAAGCCCUGGACCUCCACAACCACCAAACCGCUGCCCCCUGAGCCCUGCCCCGCGGCCGGCGAUAACGAGGAUUACAUUGAUCCAGAGAGGAGCAUCCGAGACAACAACAUAAAGCCUGCAGCGAAACCGCUACAGGGUGUAAAUAGCAGCCCUGUUGUGUCAAAACCCCUGCGGAAACUCCCGUGUAGUCCUGUUGUGUAUGAAGUUACUCUCCCAGAGGAGAAUAUUCCUCCAGUGAGCAGACAAACACAACCUUUGCAAACAAAACUCAGUACCAGACUCAUCAGCCCUCGUGUGAUCCUUGAACAAUCGGACACCGAAUUUGAAGCUUUUGACCCAGAUAUCAGCCAAACAAUCCCUAAGAUGAGCCGUGGCCAUCCCCCGCCUCCCAAGGCUUUCACAGCUGAUUUCAGACCACCCAUGAUUCCUCUUCCACAAAAACCGUACUCCCGCAGACAAGCCGAUCUCAGUUUGAUGGUUGCGAAUGGAUUGCAGGACAUGGACGAGGUUAAGCCAUUUCUCAACUCCGUUCUCGUAACAACUUUCAAGUCAGACAUUGAUAGACAACCCUGGUACGCCAACACGUGCGGCCGCAAGACCGCGGAAGAGCUCUUGAUUCAAUCUAACAGGGACGGCUCCUUCCUGGUGAGGCGGAGUACUGGGCAGGACCCGCAGCAGCCCUACACCUUGGUGGUGCUCUACAAGGGCAGGGUGUACAACAUCCCUGUGCGCUUCAUCCAAGCGACGCAGCAUUACGCACUGGGCCGGGAGAAGAGAGGACAGCAGCAUUUCAGCAGUGUUUCCAAAAUCAUCGAGAACCACCUUCAGAAUCCCCUGGUGCUGAUUGACAACCAUAGUAACAGCAGGGACAUCACCAAACUACGGCACCCAGUCAGGUCCCAGGUGGUCCCACAACGUUAAUCCAUGCACAAGACUGUCACAUGGGCAAAAGCUGCAUCUUCAUUGACUGAUGCAUCAGACAGCUGAUUGCAAAUCGUUGAGGGCACAAAUCCUCAAGCGCUCCAUGCUUGAACAUUUGCCCAGAAUUGGAGGGAUAAUCACUCACGCUGUACUUGAGUGUCUGUUUGAUUUCCACUUAAAGCGCAGCAGUGAUGUGUCGUUUCAAAUAGCUGUACAAGGCUGCAAGUAAGCCAGGACUUGACUGGGUGAGCUCACUACUCGAAUCAAACGGAACAAGUGAAAUACAGCUUCAAAUCCCAUGGAUGUCUGCUCUGAUUACAGCACCGUGUCCAUUUACUGUGGACAUCAGAACAUACUGUAAAUCAUUGCUAAGAGGGAUACAUUAUAACCAUUAGAAAUAAGAAUUGUAUUGGUUUCAGGAUGAGAAGCUAUAUUGUUUUAUGUUCAUUCUAAAUAUUUUUUUUUUAUUAAAGAUAAUGCGUGUUUUAUGUGUAAGGUGUCUACAACAAUGAUGAAACAAUGAAUUCACAAACUGUCCAUUUAUUAUGGGGUUUAAAAUGUAAUGCUGUAAUUCGUAUGCAGAUUGAAAGCAUAGCAAAUUAAAUAAAAAUACUAGGCACUUGGUGACAGAAAAUUCUCAGGUAAAUAUUUUGUACAGUACCUCUCAGAAUGUAUGUACAAUUAUAGAUCCUUUGUAACCCAAGAAAUAUACAUGUACAAAUAUAUCACAUUGUCAAUGGUUUUUUGAGCAUUCGCUCAUCUGCUGGGCUUCAUGGUUUGAGUUAAAUUUGUCCAAUGGUCCUUGGCUGAAUUAUCUUUUCCUGCAGAAGGAUUAUUAUACAGCAGAUGGACACUGAGGCUGAGAUUGUCAUAGGCCUUAUAAAAGGUGAG